AUGACUGAUAUGAACUCUUCUCGACAGCUAAGACAAUUGAAAUUUUGUGAUCUACUUGAUAGUUCAUCAUUAUUAUUAAAUGAUCUUAAUAAUCCGUCCACACAAAAUCUAUUUGAUUAUUCAUCAUCAACACCAACUAUGAAUACAAUAGAUUUACCAACAGUGAAUAAAUCUACAACUAAUAAUAAUAAUUACAAUUUAUCUGAUGCUGACCUUACCGCUCUAUUCGUAUCAUCUAUUGUUUCAACAAUACCUUCAACAACAACAAUGGAUAAUGAGAAUGAACUAUCAAAUAAUAAUAAUAAUAAUAAUAACAACAACAAUAAUACACUAGAUGAUGUUUUUUUACAACAAGUUAAUGAACUUGUUUGUUCAUCACAACAAAAAUCUAUUGGACCACCACCUGGUUUUGAAAAUUAUCAUUUUAAGAAAUCAUUAUCAUCGGAUAAUUCAAGAACAAUAUCAUCAAUUAGUAAUGCUGCUAUUCAACCACAAGUCUCUUCUUCAGAUACAAUCAAUUUUAGUCAGUUAUUACAAUCGACAAUAGUCGAUACGCAACAGCAACAACCAAUUGGUGGUAAUGUUCAUUCAUCAUCAUCAUCUCAUUCAUCAUUUACAUCCGAUGAACAAUCUAUGUUUUUUCCAAUGUCUAAUCAUCAUUAUUCAUCAACAUCAUCAAGUCAGAUUUUCUCCACCAAUACACCUUCUUCAUCUACAACAACAACAACUAAUUUAAUUAAUUCUAAUGCUAAACCAUAUACACCCAAUAGUCUUUCAUUAAAAACGAAAAAUUUCUCAUCAAUUGAUACAAGUAAUAUAAAAAGUCCUAUGUCAACAAAAUCAAUCGAUGCUGAUAUAAUAACAAAAUCUGGAGAUAAUACAUCAAGCCAUAUAUUUGCAUCACCAAAUUCAUUUUUUAGUAAUAGUCAUAAAGAUUUCGCUUCAACAAAAUCCUUAACAACUAAAACAUCAUCAACAAAUCGUCAAUCAUCAUCAUCAACUUCAUCAUCAACAUCAUCAUCAAUCGAUGAAGCACUUAUUCAAUUAAGUCAGCAACAAAAGCAACAAUCACAUGUGCCAACAGUUAAUAAAUUAUUUUAUGAUGAAUCUUUAUCAAUAUUUAAUUAUUCAUCACCACAAAAUACAACAAAAACAGCAACAACGACGACACAUAUUGAUAAACAACAACGUGCUGUACAUGAUAAUAUUAAUUUUCUUGCAUCAAUGGCAGCUGCAUCAACACCUGAAUCACCUUGGCAACAGCCAACACUUCCAUCAAAUAUGAAUUCAAAGCAUAAAAUGCAAUCAAUGUUAGUUGAACAACAACAAAAUACAUUACCACAAUCACCAUCAAGAAAUCUUUCGACUAAUAUGCAUGAAUUAAUGGAAAAUUUAAAUGAACUAUGUUAUCGAGGUUUUGAUGAACUUAAUGCACUUAUACAAGAACAACGAUGGUAA